AUGGCUCCCGAAAUUGGUUCCAAAGACUUGGCAGAGGCUGAGCGUGAACGUGUUCUACGAGCUAUUAUGAUGGCUGACUUGGGCACGGCCCGUCGUGAUAUGUGCACGACCGCCGAUUCCUCACAGGCUCUCGCAAAUGUGCAGAGACUUGAAUCUCAAAGACUGAUUCAUGUUCAAGGGAGCGGUACGCAGCGUCAAUCCAAGAUUGACGAGGUUGCUUUGAGCCAGUGGAAAUCUUUGCACAAAAGAGUUGGUGAUACCGGUCAAAUGGAAGAUCUUCCCGACAUCGCAUCUGGUCAAUCACAUCGUGCUGCUUUGCAUGCCGCGAUGCGCGCACGUGAAGGUGCAUCCUCUCAGCGAGGAGAUCAUGGUAAUCGCCUUCAGUCUAUGCUAUCCGCAGUCCGUGGGAGUCAACCCUUUGGGGCUAGGGGACAUGUUGCCCCUUCAGCUUCAAACAGAACUACAAGCUUUGGAGGAAUUACCAAGCCUGGUCGUGCUGGGCCACCUCAUCGUUCAGCUACGGAUUCAUUCGGCUUAGACCCUGCUUUGAACAUCAACAAUGAUCCGAGUGAGGACGAUUCUCGUGUCCGCGGAAGAGGGGGAAAAGCCAAUCGUGGAAAUGGACGAGCGAGAGGGAGUCCACAGCAGCGCAGCCCCGUUCCCGCUCGGCAGCCUCAGAAGCCACAGCGACCACAGCGACCUGUCAUUGACUUUGCUAGAAAAAUCGUGGACCCAUCGAACUUUAUGUCAUCCUACCGGAGGACAGUUGAAUUCCCUGUUGCCUCUACCCAAAGUCCCGAGGCUUUAGCACCCCUUUCCGUAACCAAGCUUGAGAAGGUGACUUCUAGCCAUGCCUCGGCGCAGCCUAAAGACCCCAAGCCUCCAGCACCUCUCCCUAUGGCCAAACCCGAGGAGAAAAAUGUAACGUCUACUGAUGCAUCGGUCCAACCCAAAAUUACGGAACCCCCAGCACCUCUUCUUGUUGCCAAGCCUGAGAAGAAGGUGACAUCUACCCACGCAUCGCCUCCAUUUAAAUCCCCAAGUGUAUCGUCUAUCACUGUCCCUCCUGAGAAGACCACUCAAUUUACGAAGCCAAACGCCAGGUCCACUGCAUCUGACAAUGUUGUGGACCACAUGAGACCUUACGCGGUGGAAACACCUACUCCCCCUGCUCGCUCGGUCGCUCCCAGGAAGAUCCUUCCGCUCAAGAAAUCCAGGCUGAAGGCCCCAACUACUCCAAUCAAGACUCUUCAGCCUCUUGGUGUCGGUUUUCCUGAUUUGCAAAUUAAGUGGAAGGUUUCUCCCGGCGAGUAUCCACGGAAGAAGGAAACAUUGAUUUCCGGGCCUAUUACACCUUUGGCACCAAGGAAUAAAAGCCGAAUUAUCGAUCAGGAAAUCGAACCUGAAGAAACCGAGCAGGAAACCAAGCAAGAAACGAAGCAGUCCCUUCCUUUCGUGCCACAGGUCGUUCCAAAGGUAGAUCCAGUGGUGGUUCCAGAGAAACAAGGCGACAGUAACGUCUGGAGCGGCUCUCUUCUUGAUACCGCCAACCCUCCUAUUCCUGGUCCUGCAUCCGAUGUUCUUAUCCCGGUUCCAAGUCCAGCGAUUGCUGAUCUGGAUGGCGUUGAAUUCUAUUCAGACAAGUAUGCCAAAGAUAUUGACGAUAGCACCGAGCUUUCCUCAAUCAAAUCAUCCAAGACGAUUGAUUCUGAAGUUGAAAAUCUUCGAAAUAUGCUGGACGAGCGUCUCAAGGGUAUCGAGGAAAGAUUGAAAGUUGUUCCAGAACGGCGCAGUCCCAGCAUUACAGGACUCAACUUCGAGGAAUGGCUCAAGCAGGCUGACCCCCGUGAAGCCGCUCGUAUUCAAGACGUUCUCCGGACAGCUAGCUUUACCAAGCACCGCUUCCCCUCACGGCCUCCGAGUGAGUCUUCGCCUGACCCGUCUCCGGUCAAGAAGUCCAAGGCACGCGUUCCUGCUUCUGUCCCGACAAACAAUGAUAAACGGGAGUUUGCGGAUCGGUAUACUGGUCGGGCAGUCUCAAGGGUCCGCUCUGUUAAGCCCCUGGAAGUUGCAAAUAAAACUCUUGGUCCCAUCGAUCGCGAAACGAUAUCCCGCGGUCCAAAUACUAUCAUACCUCCUGCCAAAAUGGCGUCUGUUCCGGUCAAAGAGGUCCCACAAUCUCGUUCGGUGAGCAAGAAAGCUCUGAGUCUGAAUGACUCUAUUUAUGCAUCCAAGUCCAAGGAAAACCGGGCCGAUGUGGCCUCUGAUUCUACACGGACAAAACCACAUGAUAAUGUGCCAAAGGUGAAGGUUAUCGGCGUCCAGCCAUUUAAUCCCAAUCGCCUGAAGUGA